GCCAACAAUUUAGAAAUUCUCAAAUCUCAGUAUAACGAAGGGAUAGGAAUCUUGUUUCUUCCCAUUCGAAGCCUCUGUAAUUAAUGCUGAAGAUCCAAAGUUAAAGCAAAACACAGAGAUGAACCAUGGAGAAAUCGAUUAAAGAUAUAUCCUUUCUUUUUCUCCUAACAUCCAUACUGUCCAUCCUAAAGAUUUCGCCUGCAAUUGAUACCAUUAGCACAACUCAGAGCCUCAAAGAUGGAGAUACCCUGGUUUCAUCAGGAGGAACCUUCGAACUUGGAUUUUUCAGACCAGGUGACUCCAAGAAUCGGUACGUGGGAAUUUGGUAUAAGGAGGAGAUGCCUAGCAUAACAGCAGUUUGGGUCCUCAACAGAGAAAUUCCGCUAAAUAGUAGAUCAGGUAUACUAAAGUUCAAUGAGCUAGGCCACUUGGUUCUUGUGAAUGACACUAACAACCUCUUGUGGUCUUCAAAUACAUCAAGAAUUGCUCGAACUCCAAUUUUGCAAUUGCUGGACUCGGGAAAUCUUGUUCUUCGAGAAGCAAAUGAUGAUAAUCUGGAGAAUUUCCUUUGGCAGAGUUUUGAUUAUUUAAGUGACACUUACCUACCAGGCAUGAACUUCGGUUGGAAUGCUGCAAGAGGUGUACAGAACUAUUUGUCAUCAUGGACGAGCAAUGAGGAUCCGGCUCCAGGAGAUCUUACAUUUUACCUGGAUCCAACUGNCUUCUUCCGAGCGAGGUAA